UGACAUAGACACGUAAUUCACACCUUACUAUACCUUAGCUAACGGACAAGUUAUACUUCAAGCUUUUACCCUUUGCAGUAUCGCGUGCUUGUGCAUGUCAUAAAAACGUCUGGAGAGGAAAGUAAGCCACAAUCCAAGCUCAGUUCAAUCUAUUGCUUCUGGAAACAAAGAUGGAGGUUUCAUCUGCUGUGACUAGCUCUCUUCUCAUCCUGCUGAUAAUACUCUCAGUGACAGCUGCAGAAGAUGGACAGACCUCCGGAACUGCCAAUCGGCUGUGGAUCACGAGCCGUCGCAAUGGUGUGAGGAUCCCGGAGCAUACAUGCCAUAGGCGGCUAGAGAUGAAGGUGUGUGAGCACAAGAAAUGCAGCCAACAGUGUUCUAAACAGACACAAUGGGGCGUGGGGAAAUGCAAAGACACUAACUACUGUAGUUGCUCUUAUUAUUGCAACCAGCCCCCAGUUUCACCUUUCACUUCUCCACCCACGGCAGAACACAUUAAGGCUCCCCCAAGAUAACUGCUUUCGCGUUAGAAUCGAAAAUAAAUCCGAGUCUGACUGCAAAUCCAUGUUAAAGAUCUUAAACUAGCCUAGUUUGUUCGGACGAAUCUUUCGAGUCCUGUGAUCUCAUUGUUUUGUAUGUGGGCUUCCAUUUUGAUUUCUGUUUUUUCUCAGUUCUUGAUAGGAUCAGAACAAACUGGUUCAUCAGCAAAAGACCAUUCAUAUGAAAGGAGGAAAAACAAAGGGAGAUCCUGCCA